AUGCUUCAGGAAGGAGCCCAUGGAAAGUGGACAGUAUCUAGCAGUGAUGAAAGUACUGAAGAAGUUUCUGAGGAUGAGAAGCCAUCUACCUCCUCGCUGUCGCACUCUGCCCAAGGCAGCACCAGUGUGCCGCAGUAUCCGUGCUCUGAGGCCAGGAAAGCUGCUCACAAGAGGAAGGCCUCUCCGCUGAAGUUCAGUGAUAAAGGUUUUCCCACAGAAAAACACCCACCAGAGAAGCAGAGACCUGGCCAAGAAGGUUCAGGCUGGUGUCUCUCUAGUAGUGAGGAAGAGCCUGAAGAUCAGGAAAAGCAGUUGCACAAAGUGACAGUGAAAGAAGAGAAGAAUGAUGCACCCAAAGAGCAUCCUCCAGAUUUUCACCAAAAUAACAAGCUAGCAGGGAAUCAGAAGUCUGAGGAGUGGUGUGGAGCACCCAGUGAAGCACAAGAUACCUGGGAUUUGCUGAAUGGAGGGAACCCUUUCAGAUUUUUCCUCACUAAAGUCAGAGGAAUUGAACAGAGUUAUAAUUCUGGAGCCCUGCACAUAAAAGAUAUUCUGUCUCCUCUCUUUGGGACUCUUCUAUCUUCUGCGCAGUUUAAUUACUGUAUAGAUGUGGAAUGGCUUGUAAGACAAUAUCCACAGGAAUUCAGGAAGAAGCCAUUAUUGAUAGUUCAUGGUGAAAAGAGAGAAUCCAAGGCUGAACUGAUUGCACAAGCACGCCCUUAUGAGAACAUUAGUUUUUGUCAGGCUAAACUGGAUAUUGCUUUUGGAACUCACCAUACGAAAAUGAUGUUGUUGUUAUAUGAAGAAGGUCUUCGAGUUGUGAUACAUACAUCUAAUCUGAUUUCUGAAGACUGGCACCAGAAAACCCAGGGAGUUUUUACUAAUGAUAUUGACUGUGCUAUCAGUCAAUCAGAAGCUGAAUUUCCUUUCUUUGAAUUUAGCAGAAUGGAUUAUCUGUGUAUGAAGACCUGGACAUUAGUUAUGUUUUAUCAGAUAAAUGCAACUGGUUCUGCUGGUGAAUCUGAAACUAAUUUUAAAUCUGACCUAAUAAGCUACUUGGCUGCUUACAAUUCUCCUACACUCAAGGAAUGGAUAGAUAAUAUUCAAGAACAUGAUUUAUCAGAGACAAGGGUGUAUCUGCUUGGUUCUACCCCUGGACGAUAUCAAGGUAUUGAUAAAGAAAAAUGGGGUCAUCUUAGGCUCAGAAAGCUUUUGAGGGAGGGAGCCUCGUCGGUGGCAGCGCGGGAGUCCUGGCCUGUUGUGGGGCAGUUCUCAAGCAUUGGCUCGAUGGGAGCAGACGAGUCCAAGUGGCUGUGCUCGGAGUUCCAGGACAGCCUGGUGGCUGCAGGCACCAGUGGGACAUCUCUCCUCAGAUGUGCUGUUCCGAUUCACUUGGUUUAUCCUACUGUGGACAAUGUGCGACAAAGUCUGGAAGGCUAUCCUGCUGGUGGCUCGCUUCCAUACAGUGUACAAACAGCACAGAAACAAUUGUGGUUGCAUUCCUAUUUUCAUAAAUGGUCAGCAGAAGUCUCUGGUCGAAGUCAUGCCAUGCCUCACAUCAAGACGUACAUGAGACCCUCCCCUGACUUCCAGAAGAUUGCAUGGUUUUUAGUUACAAGUGCCAAUCUAUCUAAAGCAGCUUGGGGAGCUCUGGAAAAAAAUGGCACCCAGCUGAUGAUCCGUUCUUAUGAACUUGGAGUCCUUUUCUUGCCUUCAGCGUUUGGUUUGGACAAAGGUUAUUUCCAUGUACAAGGCAAGCUGCAUUCGGAGAGUAAAGAUCCGGUGACAUCUUUUCCUGUACCUUAUGACCUGCCCCCAGAACAGUACGGAAGCAAAGAUCGCCCGUGGAUUUGGAAUAUUCCUUACACCAAUGCCCCUGAUACCCAUGGAAAUAUGUGGGUUCCAUCGUGAGGACUUCCAGUCUUCUGUGAUACUUCACCUACUGAUACUGAGCCUUCCACACUAGAUGUGAGACUACUUAUUUCUGUUUUUAAGCUAUAAUGGCUAACUAUUCUUUGGAAGAAUUACUUAAAUAUUGAUAU